CAGCCCGUUCCAGACGUCAGCUCCCAGAGGGCUGGUCCCAGAGCUGGAGAACCACCUGUGGAGUUCCCCUCCACAAGCUGCAAGGGCAAGAUGUGCUGGCUGCUGCUCUGGGGACUCCUCCAUCCGUGGCCCACACAGGCCUCUGUGCUCCUGGCUGAGCGGCUACCACAACAACUGACAUCCCCCGGAUACCCGGAGCCGUAUCUCAAAGGCCAGGAGAGCCACACUGACAUCGAGGCUCCGGACGGCUUUGCCGUGAGGCUGGUCUUUCAGGACUUUGAUCUGGAGCCGUCCCCAGGCUGUGAAGGGGACUCUGUCACAAUCUCAACCAGAGGAACAGAUGCAACCCGGCUGUGCGGGCAGCAUGGUUCCUCUCUGGGGAACCCUCCUGGCCACAGGGAGUUCGUGUCCUCGGGGAGGAGUUUGCGGCUGACCUUCCGGGCACACUAUUCCUCCAAGAACGAGAUCACACACCUCCACAAAGGCUUCUUGGCUCUCUACCAAGCCAUAGCUGUGAGCCACCCCAGUGUGGACACUGAGGCUGCCACACCUGCAGCUGACCCUCCCGAGAUCCAGAACUACUGCCAAGAGCCCUACUACAAGGCAGGACAGACAGGGACAUUUAGCUGCCCAUCCUUGGGGGACUGGAAGGACAGACAGGAUGGAGGGGACAUUCCUCAGUGUGUACCAGUCUGUGGAAGGCCUGUCAUAGCCAUUGCCCAGGACCCAAAGACUUUCCGUUCUUCCCGAGCUAAGCUGGGCAACUUCCCCUGGCAAGCCUUUACCAGCAGCUACGGCCGUGGGGGCGGAGCCCUGCUGGGUGACAGAUGGAUCCUGACGGCCGCGCAUACCAUCUACCCCAAGGACAGCAUCUAUCCCAGAAAGAACCGGAGCAUGGAAGUGUAUCUGGGUCACACGGACAUAGACGAGCUACUGAAACUGGGGAACCAUCCUGUCCGUCGGGUCGUGGUUCACCCAGACUACCGCCAGCACGACCCCCAUGACUUCAACGGGGACAUCGCCCUCCUGGAGCUUCAACACAGCGUCCCUUUGGGCCCCAACCUCCUCCCGGUCUGUCUGCCCGACAAUGAGACCCUCUACCACAGCGGCCUGUGGGGCUAUGUCAGUGGGUUUGGGGUGGACAUGGGCUGGCUGACGACAAAGUUGAAAUACUCCAGACUGCCGGUAGCCCCCCGGGAGGCCUGUGAAGCCUGGCUCCGCCAGAGGCAGCGGACCGAGGUGUUUUCUGACAGUAUGUUCUGUGUCGGGGACGAGACGCAGGCGAACAGCGUCUGCCAGGGAGACAGCGGCAGCGUCUAUGUGGUGUGGGACGAUCAAGGUCUGCACUGGGUGGCCGCGGGCGUCGUGUCCUGGGGCAUCGGGUGUGGCAAGGGCUAUGGCUUCUACACCAAAGUCCUCAGCUACGUGGACUGGAUCAAGAGGGUGAUGGAAGGUAAAGACUGACCCCCCCAGGCCCCCGGGGGCCUGAGCAGCGGCCAACCAGCACUGUGGGGGUCCCAGGCAAGAACAAGCAGGAAGAAGUCAGGAACCCUAUUUAAGUCACUGAGUCAGCAACCCACAGCCAAGAGAAAGCCCCUCUCUGGAGCCUACGCCAUCCCAGAUCAAGAGCAGCACCCACUGCCCGCUCCUCCCCUGCUGCCCUCCUGGGUUCUGUACCAGGGGAACCCUGUACACCUUAGCAUCUUUUGCUUAGAACAUCUCUUUUGUUUGCUCAAGGCAGGCUUUCCCACUGUAUCCCAGGCUGGCCUCAGACUCAUCGCAAUGUUCCCGCUUUUAAUGCCCUACCUCACCUAUUAACGGUUUCUUCUGUAUUUA